GAAACGUCACAAGCUUGCUCAUUCACUCACUCACUCUUACAACAAGCUCGGUUCCCGCGAUCCCGGGUCCCACGCCGUCUAUCAUUUUGUCAUUUUGUCAUUGCGUCAAAUUGCCAGAUUGUCAAAAAUACACGGUCAUCCAUCCUCGACAUGAUAUGAUAAUGCUCUGUCCUUAGUGUGCCCCAAUUACCCAGCUUUGUUCGUGCUUCUCUAAGAGCGCCACGCUCUUCUUUCUCUCCCUCUCCCUCCCUCUCUCUGUUCCUCGCGACACAUGACUGUAGUCGCCCUCGACUGCUUACUUGUGGACUCUCUCUGUCUGUCUGACUCGGCCCUCUCCAGCAUCUACUCCCAAGUACCUACCCGCCCCUCUGCUCUCCCCAAAUCUUGGUGGGGACACAAUGUCUCACCUCGCUCUUCAAGCAUUGAUCGACUAGUUUUGCAUUUCUAUAAGCCCUGGCAGGUGGCAUAUUGGGCCUCCGUCGCUACAUCUCCGAGUUGGUAGCAUCGCAUUGCUAUCUCAGCUACUUACUUGCUUUCCUUGUCUCCCGCUCUUCGGCUGCAUAUGCGAGACUGGCAUGUCGCAUUCGUGCAUACGCACCACCGAAUUUAACACCUGCUUGUUCUCGCAUACAAAAUGAUAGACCAUGUCCUUGGCAAACCUUCUGCCAAGUCGCGUCGACUACAAGUCCUAGCUGUCCUGACCUUUUGGUCAGCCUAUCUCUACAGAGGCAACCGCCAUGGACCGCCAAUCGUACGACUCUUGUCUAAGCUGUCAUCCAAGAAGCUUACGGCAUGGCAGAUUGUUGUCUGCACCAUGAUGUACCUAUAUGCCGCCCGCAACUUUAGUACCUUGGUAGGGCUGGCGAGUCCAGAGCCCAUGGCCAACAUGUACGAUGCCGCCUACUUCCGUGCUACCUGGGUGCUCACUGCUCUUGACGCUGGCUUCUGGACCGCCAUGAAGAUUAGGAAAAAGUGGCUGAGGGAUAUUGCCAGCAUGGUCUUCUCCAUCUACUACUUGGUGGCCGCCGAAAAGGCCGACGAGAAGGUCCGUAAAGUGCGUGGUACUCUGACCGUCGACCAUUUGCGUGUCAGUUGGAAUAAGGGGAAAACGCCGUAUCUCGGUGCUCUUCAGAAUCUGAUGCGACCCCGUUUCACGCGCUGGCCACCGCGAGCCAUCCGCAUACCACGCCCCAACACGAGCGACUACAAAGAGCCAAUCUCCGGUUGGAUAUAUUAUGAUGGCCCCAUCUCAGACCUCGAACACAUUAACAAAGUCAUCCUUGAUAUUCCUGGCGGCGGCUUCGUCGCCAUGGAUCCAAGAUGUAAUGACGAUAAGCUCUUCGCCUGGGCUGGCAAGACCGGGCUGCCCGUGCUUAGCCUCGAUUACAAAAAGGCGCCAGAGUACCCAUAUCCUUACGCACUGAACGAGUGCUUCGACGUGUAUACAACACUUGUCAAAAGCAGAGGCCGUUGCAUCGGGAUGUCUGGGCGAGAAAUUCCAAAGAUCGUAGUGACGGGAGACAGUGCCGGUGGAAACCUUGCUACAGCCAUGACUUUAAUGAUCAUAGAAACUGCUACCAACAAACGCCGAACGGGUCUUGUUCAAGAAGAUCUACCAGUACCAGCUGGCCUGGUGCUCAUGUACCCAGCUCUAGAUAUGAAUAUUGGAAAUUGGAUGUCUGAUGAGCAAAUGGCUUUGAUCAAGGAUCGGAGGAUGCGUGUUACGAAUAAGGACUAUCUCAAGCGCAAGAGAAUGCAGUACAAUGACCUAGUCGGCACACCCCAUCAAUCCGAUGAUGAGGAUGAGUUUCCCUUCCCUAAUGCAGCUACAUCGAAGACAUCCGAUGGCGAGACACAAGAUCAAGCUCUGCAGACAGCCCACCCGGAGUUUUCCCACGCAAGCCCACACAUAUGGUCCAAGUCUAAGCCAGCAACACCCGUGCCUCGGCGAGAAAGUCAAUCAAUGUCUCAUCACUCGGAGCCGAUGCGCACACGUUUGGCUAUGGCUUCAAUGAUUUCAUACUUCAACGACCGGAUUAUCACACCAGAAAUGAUGCGCGCCAUGAUCAUCCUAUACAUCGGUCCGCACAACCGCCCCGAUUUCUCACAGGACUACCUUUUAUCGCCAAUCUUGGCACCCGAUGCUCUGCUACAGCAAUUCCCCAAGACCUAUUUCCUAACGGGUGAGCGAGACCCAUUGGUCGACGACACCGUUAUAUUCGCAGGCCGCUUACGUCGCAUCAAACACGCCUAUUACUCGCAUCGGAAAUCGUUAGAUGUAGAAGGGCUCGAAGACAUGGCCGAUUUCGACGACAAGGAUGUCGCCGAGGUGGUGCUAAUCCCGGGCAUCAGCCACGGCUUCACACAGUUCCCCUCGGUAUAUCCUGCCGCAUGGAAGCUCAUCGAUCGCUGCGCGCGCUGGGCAGAAGACCUUUUAAACACAGCCGAGUCACGCGAGCAGAGACGCCUCAAUUCGCGCCGUCACUUCAAUACGGAGUCCAGCGGGGAUGAAGAUCGUCCGUUGGAAAUCAAUAUGACCAGGCUCAGGGGGAGAACCAUAAGCGAUAGCCAACGGGGCGAUCAAACUUCAGAUAAUUCUGACGACGAGCUCCAUGAUGGAAAUCGGCAAGCAAAUGGCACUAAGAAGAAGAGGGCAAAUGGAAGAGCCAGGGGUGGUCGGGGCUCGAGGAGCAUUGUCAAGCUCGAUAGCUCGGACGAUUUGCUUAGCCGUCGUAUGCAGGGUUUGGCUGGUCCUCUGACAGGUCUACAGGAUGAGGAUUGAGCUCGGCUGGUAUAAUCUUGGUUUUGUAUAUACUUACCUUAUAUAAAGAAAAUAUGACUGAUGAUGACCAUAA